AUGGAUUUGGAGGGCAGUGACUCCCCAUGGGGCGAUAUUCCCUCCCACUCCAAACCCAACGAUGGUAAAGAGCCAGCAAAGGAGACCCAGCCAACCGCCCAGCAGUCCUCUGCCUCAUUGACAGUCCCUCAGUCACCACCCACUGCGCGAGGCCCCCGAACCCCCCGUAAGGUCAGCGCGCAGGUAGUCAAACUAGAGCCAGCAGGGGACGUCCUCGACCCUCUUGGUCCUCUAGGCGAGACAGCUUCGUUCCCCGUUGCAGAUGCCCAGCCGCAGGACCAACGACCUGCGCCUCCGCGCAAGGAGUCGUUCACAUCUCGGAAUGCUCGGCCUGCUUCUUCAGCGUCGCAGACGUCCAGCGCAGCUGGCGUGAAGGGGCUGAUGGAAUCUGUUGAUCUCGAUGAAGACGGCCCUUCAGCGCGAGCUAAAGGACCUCCUCCAGUACAGCCGGCACCCGCGUCGUCAACCAUAGAUGCCGGUGCAAAACGCCAAAACCAGAGUAUCAGCGUUGAGCAGGCGGCUAAACCGUCAUUCUAUAUCACUGUCGGGGAUCCGCAUAAAGUUGGGGAUAUCACCAGUAGCCAUAUUGUCUAUCAAGUUAGGACGAAGACAACUUCAAAGGCAUAUAUAAGGCCUGAAUUUACGGUUACUAGGCGGUACAGAGACUUUUUAUGGCUUUAUAACUCGUUACACUCCAACAACCCGGGAAUCGUCGUUCCACCUCCCCCUGAGAAACAGGCUGUAGGAAGAUUUGAUACCAAUUUCGUUGAGUCUAGGAGAGCUGCGUUGGAGCGUAUGCUUAACAAAAUCAGUGCUCAUCCUACACUGCAACACGACGGGGACCUCAAGAUCUUCCUAGAGAGUGAAUCAUUUACCAUGGACGUGAAAAACAAGGAGAAUCGUGAACCUGAUCUCGGGCAGAGUAAGGGCAUGUUCAGUUCGCUUGGCAUAUCUGUUGGUGGCGGUGGGAAGUUUAUAGAACACGAUGAUGCCGUCGACACUGUAGUGGCCCAACGAAAAAAUCUUGCAGAAGCAGCCAGCGAUUUUUCUACAUCACUUCACUCGCUUGCAAGCGUUGAACUCUCUCCAGCCCUUUCCGGCCCUCUCGAUGGCCUUGCCGAAGUCCAACUUCGCAUUCGCGAGCUGUACGAACGCCAGGCUCAACAGGACGUUCUGACCCUUGGAAUUACCAUGGACGAAUAUAUUAGGCUCAUUGGAAGUGUCAAAAUGGCAUUCACUCAGCGCCAAAAAUCAUAUCAUUCGUGGCAUGCAGCAGAGUCUGACUUGCAGAAGAAGAAGAAUACACGCGAUAAGCUACUAAGACAGGGCAAAACGCAGCAGGACAGACUGAAUCAAGCACACGCAGAGGUUGCAGACGCCGAGAAGAGAGUUCACCAGUCACGAUUACUAUUCGAGGAUUUGGGUAGAGUGAUGCGGAAUGAACUGGAGAGAUUCGAAAGGGAAAAGGUUGAGGAUUUCAAGUCAGGAGUGGAGACCUUCCUAGAGAGUGCCGUCGAGGCGCAGAAAGAGCUUAUUGAAUUAUGGGAAACAUUCCUUCUCCAACUCGAUGCGGAUGAAGACCCAAGCCCUCAGCAGUCUGGAGCUGCUCCAACCCAUGAAGGUAAUGGGCAUGGCCACCAGCCCUCUGAAAGCAACACUUCUGUUGCCAGUACAUCUAGAGACCAAGAAGAGGCCUAA